AUGGCUGCCCUAGCAACCACGGCGUCUGCGGAAACACUGCCGGAGAAUGAAGAUGACUUCAGGAUUGCCACCCACCAUCAAAACCUUAACAGGAGGGAGAAAGCUGCCCAGACAAAAAAGUCAGAGUUCCUUCGAAAUGUGGAGAAACUGAGAAAACAAGUUGACAAACUUGAAAAAGAGAAGGCCCUGAGUAAUCAGAGCAAGAAUUUCUUCAGAGAUGACUCUGGAACUUUGGAAGAAUUUGAUAACAGACUCAAGGAUGACCGUAAGACAGAUCUAAUGAAACUGCAGCAGCAGCUGAGGAAGCUCAACAAUGGUGUGAACAGAUUCCAGAGACAGCUCAUGGAUGUGAAGCCGACCCCAGAAUUAAUUGAGAAACUGAGAGACAUAAUGACCGAGGUCGAGAAUUCCAUCAGCACUUUCAAAGAAGAUCAGCGUCAAAGUUUUGAGGAGCUGCUGAAGGAGGAGAAGACCUACUGGCAGGAGAUAUGUGCCUUUGAAAAGAAGAUCGGGAUGUGGUCCUCGGCCGCGGCCGUGUCCGCGGUGCCGAAGGCGCCCCCAGCCCCCCUGGCCAAAGCGGGCCUGGCGGGAGCCCCGGACGGAGAGCUGCCCCCAGAGGUGACGGAGCUGGAGAGGUUCCUUCAGCGCACGGGGGGCAGGCAGGGCGGCUGGGACCAGUAUGACCACCAGAGCUUCCUCAAAGUGUGGACCAAGCACGGCGGGAGGCCGGCGCACAGGAAGGAGGCCCUGCUGCACCUGCCAGGCAAGACGGAAGAGGAGGUCAUACAGCACGAGGACUGGUACCAGACGCUGCUGCUCCUUGAGGAGAAGAAGAGGGAGGCAAUCCAGAGAUGGAAGACUGAGAGGCAGCAGAAGAAAGAGGUGGAGCUGAGACAGCAGGAGGAGAAAGAGGACAUGGCGAGGCAAGAGGAGGCCUGGCUGGUGGAGGCGCAGCAGCGGAGGGAGGAGGAGGAGCGGAGGGAGGCGGAGGCCCAGCUACAGGUCUGGAAGGCCCAGCGGAGGCUGCAGGUGGCACAGGAGAAGCAGAGGAGGCUCCAAGUGGAGGUGCUUGAGAGGAAGAGGGCCAAGGAGAAGCGGCGGCAGCAGCUGGAGGUGAAGCUGGUCGUGGAGGCCCGCGUCCGCGAGAGGAAGCAGCAGGAGCAGUUCCUCCUCCUCGAGAGGGAGCUCUUUGAACAGGAGGAGAUACGGGAGAGAGCCAGGUCCGCAGCCAGGCAGAUCAGACACUUCCAGGAAAGGGAUCUAUACAAGCUGGAGACAAAGCUACAGGAGAAGCAGACCAAGGAGGAGGAAGAGGAGGAGAAACAGAAGAGGCUGGCCAAGCUGAAGGAGAAAGUGAGUGUGGAAGUGCACCGAGACCCUACCAGAGUGUGGAAGCCCACCAAAGGAUGGGAGGAACGUACCAAACAGAUCGGACCAACGGGGGGAGGACCUGUAUUGCAGAUGUUUCACAGAGCCGUGCCAAGCUGGAGACAAGGAUUGUGACUGGGACUUCCAUUUUCAAGGGCAGCA